UGCUUUUGUAGUAUUGGCAAACUACUCCCUUUCACUUGUCGUUUAAACCACCAAGGUUGUCGUCCGGCGCCUCCUUAACAACCCCUUAGCCGUAGAAUGACCUUAAAGCUCUUCAAGUAUGCUCUUCCCACUCGUAUUCUCCUUGCUCAUCCUUUCAAAUUCUCUUCAAGAUUCAUCUGCACCGACAGUAGCCUCGAUAAUUUGGUUGACCCACUAUUGAAAUUCACAGAAAAUGAAUGUUUUACGGUACAACAAGAAGAAAAGAAGUUAAAAGAAUCAUCUUUUUCAGUUCAAGAAUUGGGUUUUUUGCAAGAUUCAAUCUUGGGUAGCUCAAAAACUGAGAAAAAUGGUAAGUUCCCAGAUGAUGCUUUCUUGUUAAUAGAUGUUAUUAGGGAAAGUAAUGAUGGGUUUGGCGAGAAAACUGAGAAAGAAGUUAGGUUUUUUAGGGAGAAACUCAAUCCUGGUUUAGUGGUUAAUGUGUUGAGCAAUAUAGGAAACUCUGAAUUGGGUGUGAAGUUUUUCAAGUGGGCUGGUAGACAAAUUGGCUAUGUGCAUAAUGCAUCUGUUUAUGAUGCUUUGUUGGAUUUAAUAGGAUGCGAUAGUGUGCCAGAACAGUUGUUUCAGGAUAUAGGGAAAGAUGAUAGGGAAGUGCUUGGAAAGUUGCUUAAUGUGUUGAUAAGGAAGUGUUGCAAGAAUGGGCUGUGGAAUUUAGCAUUGCAGGAGCUAGGGAGGCUUAAGGAUUGUGGGUACAAAGCGUCGGGUGUGACUUAUAAUGCAUUAAUUAUGGUGUUUCUGCAAGUAGAUAGAUUGGAGACUGCAUCUCUAAUAUACAAGGAGAUGUCAGCAUUGAACUUUAAGAUGGAUAAGUGUACAAUAAAUAGCUUUACGCGAUUGUUGUGUAAAGUGGGUAAAUGGAGAGAAGCUCUUGAUUUAAUUGAGAAGGAAGAGUUUGUGCCUGAUACAGUGAUUUAUACUAAUAUGAUUUCAGGAUUAUGUGAAGGUUCUUUCUUUGAAGAAGCUAUGAAUUUUCUCAACCUAAUGAGGACUAAUUCGUGUAUUCCUAACCGUGUAACAUAUCAAGUUUUGCUUUGUGCACUUUUAAACAAGAGAAAACUUGGUCGCGUCAAGAGGGUUCUGAAUCUUAUGAUUUCUGAAGGUUGUUAUCCAGGUCAGAAAAUAUUUAAUUCUCUUGUACAUGCAUUUUGUAGAUCACGAGAUUACUGGUAUGCCUAUAAAUUGCUUAAAAAAAUGGAUGGCUGUGGCUGUAAGCCAGGAUAUGUAGUUUACAACAUAUUGAUUGGUGGUAUUUGCGGCAAUGAGGAGUUACCAGGCAAGGAAGUUCUAGAAUUGGCUGAAAAUGUAUAUAGUGAAAUGCUGAAUGCUAAACUAGUGCUGAAUAAAGUCAAUGUGGUCAAUUUUGCUCGAUGUCUUUGUGCGUGUGGAAAAUAUGAGAAUGCUUUCAGUGUUAUUAAGGAAAUGAUGAGCAAAGGUUUUGUACCUGAUGUCAGUACAUACUCAAAAGUGAUUGGUUUUCUUUGUAAUGCCUCCAAAGUGGACAAGGCAUUCUUGUUGUUCCAAGAAAUGAAGCGGAAUGGAAUUAUUCCAGAUGUUUAUACUUACACAAUUUUAAUUGAUAGCUUUUGUAAAUCUGGCCUUACUCAACAGGCUCGUAAUUGGUUGAAUGAAAUGAUUCAAAACGGUUGUAGUCCUAACGUAGUGACUCACACAGCUAUUAUCCAUGCUUACCUCAAGCAAAGGAAAAUUUCAGAUGCUAAUGAGCUUUUUGAAUCAAUGUUAAUGCAAGGAUGCAUCCCAAAUGUCGUCACCUUCACUGCUUUGAUUGAUGGAUACUGUAAAGCUGGACACAUAGAGAAGGCUUGCCAGAUCUAUGCAAGAAUGAAAGGGAGUUUAGAUACCUCGGAAGUAGAUUUGUACUUCAAGGUGGAUCUUGAUGGUAAUAAGGAGCCAAAUGUUGUUACAUUUGGAGCGAUGGUUGAUGGUUUGUGCAAAGCACACAGGGUGAAAGAAGCUCACAAUCUUUUGGAUGUCAUGUUAACGGAAGGAUGUGAGCCAAAUCAUAUUGUUUAUGAUGCAUUAAUUGAUGGGUUUAGCAAGGUUGGUAAGCUAGAUGAUGCGCAGGAGAUAUUUGCUAAAAUGUCAGAACGUGGAUAUAGUCCGAGCAUUUACACCUACAGCUCUCUAAUUGAUAGGCUAUUUAAGGAUAAACGUUUGGAUCUUGCUGUAAAAGUCUUGUCUAAAAUGCUCGAGAGUUCUUGUCCCCCAAAUGUUGUUAUAUACACAGAGAUGGUAGAUGGUCUUUGUAAAGUUGGUAAAAUAGAUGAAGCUUCUAAACUUAUGCUGAUGAUGGAAGAAAAGGGCUGUCAUCCAAAUGUUGUGACCUAUACUGCAAUGAUUGAUGGAUUUGGCAAAGCUGGAAAAGUGAAAUCAUGUCUUGAACUCAUUGAGAAGAUGGGCAACAAGGGUUGUGCGCCAAAUUACAUCACCUAUUCAGUUGCAAUAAAGCAUUGUUGUGCUGCAGGACUUUUGGAUGAGGCUCUCCAACUCCUAGAGGAAAUGAAACAAACAAGUUGGCCAAAACACAUGGCCGGCCAUCUUAAGGUUAUUGAAGGCUUCAGACGUGAGUACUUAAUCAGUCUGGGUAUUUUAGAGGACAUGAGCAACAACAAUUUUCUUCCAAUUAUUCCAGUUUAUAGGCUUCUGAUUGAUAGCUAUCAAAAAGCUGGAAGACUUGAAUUUGCCGUUGAGCUACUUAAAGAGAUAUCGUCAUCUUUUUCAUUUCCACGUCUUGAUAAGAAAAUUUACUCUUCUUUGAUCGAGUGCCUUUCUGUUUCAAACAAAAUUGAUCUGGCAUUUGAAUUAUACGUGGACAUGAUAAAGAAAGGUGCAGUGCCAGAGCUGACGGAUUUUGUUAACCUCAUUAAGGGUUUAAUAAGUAUGAACAAAUGGGAUAAUGCACUUGAACUCUCUGAGAGCAUGUAUUACAUGUUACAUGCAUCGAAAUCCAAUACCAUUCAGCUCCUUUAGAGGUCAAGAAAUGAUACAUUGAGACUAUUCCAUUCUAAGGCACUACCUGCUGGUGCACCUGAUAAACCACCUGAUAAACAUUCUUGGAGCUGCACUAGUUGGCAGGUUGCAGUUUGACCCUGUUAUGACCUAGUACCUGCUCCAGCAGCUGAAUAAGCGACUAUCCACACCUACAGGGAACAAAUGCGGUAACUGGUAUUCUCGCAAACUAUGGCGCACCACCACAAAAAAGGGGGGCAAAUUGUGAAGGGUGCUGGUAACCUCUGCAAAUUGCAUGGCAUUGCAGGAAUCACAGUUGGGUCCGUCAUUUCAGGCCACAUCACAACAGAUUCCUUCAUUUCAGGCCACAACACAAGCGACUCCUUCUGUUCAGGUUACUUCACAGGCAGCACCAUCCAAUAAGUGUGGUAGAGGCGAGUCUAUGCAUCCUUGAACUGUAGAUGCAAUAGGAGAUCGCGAAUGGCUCAAACUGUGGACUAGAGAAGUGUCAACUUUAUCUCGGGAGAAUCUAUCGAGGUUCUCUUGAUUACCUAGGGCAGCCGAUUGGUGAAGCACGAGGCCUUCUCGGAGGUUUAUGUGGUCUUUCAACAGCUGAGUGUUCCAUAUUUCCAAUUUGCUUUGACAAAUGGUCGGAUCUACCUAAGGCAUACUUCAACCACUGCUUUGACAAUGUCAUAAAGCCCCAUUUUUGUUUUAUGACACCUGAGCCACUUGCACAAAGAUAUGUUUAUCACUCUAUUGGAGAGAAGUGGGCUGCAAUUAGGAAGGGGAGUGUUCAACGACCCACUGAAAAGAAAA